AUGGUUAACUUAUGGUAUCAUACUGUAUUCAGUGUAAUAGAUCAUGUGUGGAUGAAAAUGAGUGUCAAAUACAAUAACAAUGGUUUGGAUGCGAGAAAUGGCAGUGAAUUGUCUGAAUUGAAUGGCAAUUGUCGUGAUAAUAGUGAUGCGGAUCUGUUGGAGGCCUCGAAGGUCCUACACCUGGCUCUCCAGCAAAUGGAUGGCAUCAUCGCCAGUUGCGAUUCACUGAUGAGUCCAGACGUGAAUCCAUCGUUACUCGUCAAAUAUCUCAACACUUCUUCGCGACCAUUACCUCCUGAUUAUAGUCCACUCAAAGCGUUAGCAGACAUUGACUUAAAUAAGACUUAUCUGGAGAUCAAGUGUUGGUCUCCUAACCUAUGA